AUGUAUUACAGGUUGCUGCCGUCACUGCUCCUCCUGCCAUCUGCGCUUGGAGUUGUCAUACGUCAAAGUACCGUGGAUGGCAUCACCACAGGGACACUGGGUAAUGCGACAGCAGUAGACAGCAAUCCACAAGGAGCGUCAUUCAAGGCGACAUUCCCAACAGACAAGCAAUUUACGCCCACGCCAAAUGGAAAUGUCAAAGGCGUCGUCCUGGCACAAACAGGAAGGGAUGGAAAGGGCGUUAGAUUCGAUGUUAUGCUCGACAACCUUCCGGACGAAGGUGGUCCCUUUUUAUAUCAUGUUCAUAUGGAACCUGUCCCUCCAGAUGGGAACUGCAAUGCGACGCUCGCUCAUCUUGACCCCUUCCAACGAGGCGAGAAGCCGCCUUGUGAUGCUGCCCUCCCAAUGACCUGCCAGGUGGGAGAUCUCGCGGGCAAGUACGGAGCCAUCACCACAAGUCCGUUCAUGGCCUCAUACACCGACUCUUUCACGGCAACGUCCGACGACAAGGCCUUCAUCGGUAACUUGAGUGCGUGGGCGUUUGGGGGGCCAGGGCUUGCCGGUGAUUUGAGCGUCGCUGUGGUGGAUGGCGAUGGAUGGAAAGGCACAGGUGGAGACUGGAGCUGGGCUUAUCUACUCACCGUCGUCGGUGGUUCCAAACGUGUGCAUUCCGACGCCAGUGCCGCAGCUCCGUGCCAAGUGGCGGCGCCGUGGAUCUUGUGUGACUACACAACGACAAUGGCCAAUUUCGAAGAUAAGGUGAAUGGCACUUGGCUGAUUGCCUUAAUCACCCUUUUGGAUGCAUUCAAUUCUUGCUGGUUUGGGUACGACCAAGGUGUUUUCGCUGGAGUGCUCGUCUCCCCAGAUUUCCUAAGGCAGUUUCCAGCAACCCUUGAUGCAGACGUCUCCGGGAUUACGUCGAGCUGCUUUUUUCUGGGUGCGUUCUUUGGCGCCAUCGCGGCUUUUAUACUAGGAGACAAGCUUGGCCGUCGCAGAACUAUAGCCCUGGGUGUCCUUUGCAAUGUUGUGGGCUCAGUCUUGCAGGCUUUCUCGUGGCAUCUGCCGCAGAUGAUCGUUGGCCGCCUUAUCAACGGAUUCGGUAUUGGCCUCGUAUCAUCCAUGUCCCCGGUCUAUCUAUCUGAGUGCGCGCCAUCUCACGUACGUGGCAUGCUUCUGGCGGUCGGGGCAUGUUGUAACGUGGCGUGCUUCUGCGUUGCCAACUGGAUUGCUUUUGGUCUUUACCACGACGACUCAGCAUUUCAAUGGCGGUUUCCUCUCGCUUUCCAGCUGAUUUUUCUUUUCAUUGUCGCUCCGAUCCUAUUCUUCGUUCCGGAAUCUCCCCGGUGGCUGCUCCUUGUUGACCGCGACGAGGAGGCGUUGCAUGUGCUGUCCAGAUUGGCAGGCCACAGCAAAAAUAUUGGGGAGUCAACUGUGACUGCUGAAUACCAGUCAAUCAAAGCAGCUAUCCAGAUGGAGAGAGACGACAGAGUCCCUCUGAUUGACGUUUUGUGUCAUCGAGACAAAUCACAAAAUUUCCGCCGGCUGAUCCUUGGCUGCGGUACCCAGUUCAUGCAACAGUUCAGGCAAGUACAUAUUGCAUUGAAAGCGAAGCGAGCACUUGUUAUGAACCUCCUGCUAACUCAAAUGAACAGCGGAAUCAAUGCACUAGGCUUCUACCUCCCGACUCUGUUGCAGGGAGAUGUUGGAUACAAUCAGCAAAUGAGCCGACUCAUUACAGCUAUAAGCAGCACCGUCUACGUGUUUUGCAGUUUUGUAUGUCUACUGAUGAUUGAUCGAUUUGGACGUCGGAAGUACUCGCCGAUCCUUAUGGGUGUCUGUCACAUCGUGGCUUGCAUUUGUCUCGCGGUAGGGGAAAAUGACACUUCGAAGACUCAGAUUAUGGGAAAAGUUGCAACAGCUAUGUUCAUUCUAUAUCACGUGUUCUUUGGCCUAGGAUACUCAAGUGUUCCUUGGGUCUACAGUGCAGAAGUGAGCUCUCUCGGGUGGCGCACGAGAGGAGCUGCAGCGGCAACAUCGGUCAACUGGUUGGGUGGAUUCGUAGUUGUCCAAUUUACCAAGGUCGGCCUCGAUAACUUGCAAUGGCGAUUCUUCCUGAUGUUUGGCAUUUUCUGCUUCGCCUUUGGUCCUGUGGUUUACUUCUUCUACCCAGAGACAGCAAACAGGACACUUGAGGAUAUGGACCAGAUUUUUAUCCAGAACCCCUCGCCUUUUGUUUUCACAAGCCGAGCUGCGACACAGUCACAACGACCACUUGUGCUCAUUGAAGCGGAGACGGCACGAAUCGCUCAAAUUGCAAACAAAUCGCAGGAGGCUACCUUGGCUGGGAACGAGAAGACACCGUCUGUUUCAAUUGUCUAG